AUGACAGGCACUGCCCUUGUUUCGACCUCAAGGCAUGUAAAAAACUCACUUCGAAGCCUUCUCUUCUUGAUCUCAUUUUCUUUUCCUCAGCAUGUUUGUCAUGCCAUCCAAUGCUAUGACUCGUUUAUGAGAGGCGACCCGACUCAAACUGCCAGUUGUGGAGAGGACCAGGUGAGGAUAACGAUGGACAGAAAGUUUUCUAAAGUGCCUCAAAAAAAGUUUUCACUUUGGCAACAGUGUUUUGAGUCAUCAAAAUUUGAAAAAUUAGUUACAGUAGGGGACCUGAUCCAGUGGCAAAAAACGUACCAUUUAGCAUCCGGGAAGUAUCAAAAAUGUGGCAAAAUGCUUCACUCUCCAAGUGAAAAAACUCCGAUUUCAAAAGCGCGCCCGCUCUUUUUGUGAUGGGCCCUUCAAAACGCAGUUUUUUCACAUGGAAAGGGAAGCAUUUUGCCACAUUUUUGAUGCUUCCCGGAUGCAAAAUGGUACGUUUUUUGCCGCUGGAUCGGGUCCGUCACUAUAAUUUUAAUUUUCUACCGAUUGCAGGUCUGUUUCUCCGAAUUCUAUGCCCUCUCCAAACAUGAAGACUCUCCUCACAUCAGUGAAUGGUAUGUCGACAGAUUCUGUGUGUACCGUCAGCAAUGUUUGAUGAGAGGAAUUGGGCCGGAUUGCGUGACAGUAAACGAGCUGGACAAGGUUGUGAGGAGAACCUUCCGAAAAAAGCUCGAACAUCAUAUCAAAGACGGCUGGAAUCGGCAAGGGAACUUAAAAUUAAAUAUAAAAAUAUAUUAUAUUAGACAUGAAAUGUGCUUCAUGACCAAAAUUAAUACAAUUUUUUUGUUGAAUUCCCCAAGAUAACAGUAGAACAUGCUUUUAGGCUCCUCCACACGCAAUUCUGCUGCUGCGAGAGUGAUUAUUGCAACCGGCUGGACCUCAACGAACUCCACGAUCUUUUCAAUAUCUCCACGGAUGCCUCCGUUUAUCAUGCAUCGGAAAUGACUGCCAAUUCCACAUAUCAACUCAAUUUCCCUUUUUUACUUCUUUUAUUUUUCGUCAUUUUGCAAAAAUAA